AUGAUUGUCACUGGUGAUCAUGUUGGCACCCACAUCGAUGCGCUCUAUCACGUCGGGAACAAGGGAGUCCUCUAUGACGGGAUUGAUGCCGCUGAAGCGUGCAAGGGCGGGCACUUCAACGUGCUAGGAGCGGAAACCAUUGAACCUAUGGUAUGUAGGGGCGUCUUUCUGGACAUACCAGCGUUGAAAGGCACUACGCGACUCGAACCUGUCGCAUAUCUGGGAGAAGCUACUGGCGUCCCCGGAGUGGGUGAGAGCGGUGGCAAAUGGUCGGCCUCUCAUGGAGUUCGAGCCACUGGAGGGGACACCAUUGCAUUUGAUAGGGUCCAACUAGGGCCCAAUUUCAAACAGAGACCUUGCCAUGGGAUUUUCCUCUGGGAAAAUGGGAUUCACAUCAUUGAAGUCAUGGACUUGGAAGAGCUGUCGCGGGAGAAAGUCAAGGAAUUUCUGUUUAUUCUCUCCCCACUCAAGCUUUUCGGCGCCACUGGAUCUCCUGUUCGUCCUCUAGCAGUGGUAAAUGUAUAA